GGGGCCGGAACGCCGCGGUCCUAUGGCCGCAAACGUAGCCCAGCCCCCCAUACGCCUAACCGGCCUGGCUUGGGCUCAACAGAAGCAGGGAAGAAGCGCCGCGCGCCCGUGUUUGGAGAAAAGCUUAUACACUCACUGUGGCGCAUUCCCCCUUCCCCCAAAAGAAAAACUCGACACGUUGACUUUUAUCCUGGCGUGGUGAUUUUUACACGGAAGUAAACGGCGUUAUUUCCCCUCACAUCUUCUGCGGUACUUGUGGAAGCUAACGGCGGCUACUGGCAAGGCACAAUGGACGUUAGCGAUGGAGGCUAACCGUAACUAGCUCACUACCACACAAACCGGCGAGGGGCGACUAAGUACCCCCAUGGGCACCGUGUUGAAGCUCCCUUGACUUGUUCCGCUGCACGCGGUCUCCACCCCAACCCUUCGGCGGCGGUGGCGCUCUCGACGCCGCCUGACAAGUGUUUUUUUUCGGAGCUGAGACGCCAGGAUGGUGGCGGUGGUAGCUAACUUCGAGGCAAACAGUCCGAGUCAAGUGAGACCAUCGCUGUCUUUUUAUGUUUUGUUCAUGUAAAGCCCAGAGGGAAGGCGCUAAUAUUCCUCCUGACAUUGGCCGGGGGAUUAUUUUUUUAAUUGGAUUCCGGCCUGCUGGUUCGCGAGCGAAGCAACCCCCUCUAACCAUCCACCAUCCAUCCGCCUAACCACGCUUCGCCCUCCGAUGCGGAGCCUCCAGUGACACCCACCCGAGGGACCCUCUCCCUCCCUCCCCGACAUGCUCAAGUGUAUCCCGCUGUGGCGAUGCAACCGCCACGUCGAGUCGGUGGACAAGCGGCACUGCAAUCUGCAGGCGGUCCCCGACGAGGUCUUCCGAUACAGCCGCAGUCUGGAAGAGCUUCUGCUGGACGCCAACCAACUCAAAGAGCUGCCCAAGCCUUUCUUCAGACUACUGAACCUCCGGAAGCUGGGCCUGAGCGACAAUGAGAUCCAGAGGCUGCCCCCCGAAGUGGCCAACUUCAUGCAGCUGGUGGAGCUGGACAUAUCCAGAAAUGACAUUCCCGAGAUCCCCGAGAGCAUUAAGUUUUGCCGGUCUUUGGAGAUCGCCGACUUCAGUGGAAACCCCCUCUCCAGAUUGCCGGAUGGUUUCACUCAGCUGCGAGCGCUGGCUCACUUGGCUCUCAACGAGGUGUCGUUGCAGACUCUGCCCAGCGACAUCGGAAAUCUGGCCAACCUGGUGACGCUGGAGCUGAGGGAGAACCUGCUCAAGUGUCUGCCCACGUCGCUGUCCUUCCUGGUGAAACUGGAACAGCUGGACCUGGGCAGCAACGAACUGGAAGUGUUGCCGGACACACUCGGCGCACUGCCCAACCUGAGGGAGCUUUGGCUGGACCGGAACCAGUUGUCCUCCUUACCAUCGGAGCUGGGGAACCUCCGGAGACUGGUGUGUCUGGACGUGUCGGAGAAUCGCCUGGAGGAGCUUCCCUCCGAGCUGGACGGCCUCCUGGCCCUCACCGACCUGCUGCUCACACAGAACCUGCUGGAGGUGGUUCCGGACAGCAUAGGUUGUCUGAAGCAACUGUCCAUCCUCAAGGUGGACCAAAACAGACUUACUCACCUGACGGACUCCAUUGGAGAGUGUGAAAACCUGACGGAGCUCGUCCUGACCGAGAACCUCCUCCAGACGCUUCCUCGCUCGCUGGGCAAGCUGAAGAAGCUGACCAACUUGAAUGUGGACCGCAACCGCCUGGGCGCCGCGCCCAAGGAGCUGGGCGGCUGCGCCAGCCUCAACGUGCUCUCGCUGCGCGACAACCGCCUUGGCAAGCUACCCGCUGAGCUCGCCGACGCCACAGAGCUGCACGUGCUGGAUGUGGCUGGGAACAGAUUACAAAACCUGCCUUUUGCCUUGACAAACCUCAAUUUGAAGGCCAUGUGGCUGGCAGAGAACCAGUCGCAGCCCAUGCUCAAGUUCCAAACCGAGGAUGACGAGCGCACGGGGGAGAAAGUGUUGACCUGCUACCUGCUGCCUCAGCAGCCUUCCCCCAGCCUUGAGAACCUGCUGCAGAACAGCGUGGACGACAGCUGGACGGACAGCAACCUGAACAGAGUCUCGGUCAUUCAGUUCCAGGAAGAGACCAAGGCCGAGGACGAGGACGACGAGGCUGCCGCCGAGCGCAGGGGCCUUCAGCGUCGAGCCACACCUCAUCCCAGCGAGCUAAAGGUGAUGAAAAAGGGGAUCGAGGACAGGCGGAACGAAGCGUUCGCGCCCAGGCCCGAAAGAGAAGAUCAGCCCUCCGAUGCGCAGGAGAAACGGCUCAGCGACCUCUCGAACCAGAGCCACGACUCACAGGUGUCCGACAGCACGCUGUCAGCCAUCUCCCACGAGGAGCGGCGAGAGGUCGCCUUGCCCUCCCAGAGAGAGGACCUUGUGGACGGGCACUCCCGCCACGAGGAGGAGGACCUGGAUGAGAUGGAGGUGGAGUACAUUGAGCCCACCGUGCACUUUGCCGAGGAGCCCAUCAUCCGCGGCGGGGACGAGGACGACGGCGAGGAAGACGGCGAGCGGAGCGACGAGGAAGACGACAGGGCCCCCUUCCCCGCCGAGAAGCAGCGUCUCAUCCGGAAGGACACGCCGCACUACAAGAAGCACUUCAAGAUCACCAAGUUGCCCCAACCCGAGACGGUGGCGGCCCUCCUGCAGGGCUUCAACCCCGACGGCCUCGGCUCGCCCACGCGGGCCACCGAGGACGAGCGGGACGGGCACGGGGAGGACGUGGAAGACGAGGGCGUCGAUACCCCUCGACUACGUCUCAGGGUGGAGGCGUCGGAGCUGGAAGACAGCCGAUACCACGUCAACUCCAGUCAAGUCAAGGGGGUGUCAUUUGAUCAAGUCAAUAAUCUGCUGAUUGAACCUGCUCGAAUUGAGGAGGAAGAGCACACCUUAACCAUCCUGCGCCAAACGGGCGGCCUCGGCAUCAGCAUUGCCGGCGGGAAAGGGUCCACGCCGUACAAGGGGGACGACGAGGGUAUCUUCAUCUCCAGAGUUUCUGAGGAAGGACCUGCAGCCAGAGCAGGAGUGAAAGUAGGAGACAAGCUGCUGGAGGUGAACGGCGUGGACCUCCACAAGGCUGAGCACCACGCGGCCGUGGAGGCCCUGCGCAGUUCCGGGGCCGCCGUCUCCAUGACGGUGCUGCGCGAGCGCAUGGUGGAGCCGGAAAACGCCAUCACCACCACGCCGCUCAGGCCCGAGGACGACUACUUCCCACGGGAGAGGCGCAGCAGCAGCGGGCUGGCCUUCAGCUUGGAGGGCGGCCAUGGCCAGGGUGCCGGGUUAGGACCCCUACAGCGCCUCUCCACCUGCUUGGUGCGCAACGACAGGGGGCUGGGCUUCAGCAUCGCCGGAGGAAAGGGAUCCACGCCGUACCGCACUGGGGACACGGGGAUCUACAUCUCUCGGAUUGCAGAGGGGGGAGCAGCCCACCGAGACAGCACGCUACGCGUAGGCGACCGGGUCAUCUCUAUCAAUGGUGUAGACAUGACAGAGGCCAGACAUGACCAGGCAGUAGCGCUCCUUACUGGCACCUCGCCCACUAUCGCCCUACUGGUUGAGCGAGACCCCAACGCCCCGCGCUCCCCGGGCCUCUCCCGGCAGCGGGCCCACUCCCCGCCGCCACCGGAGCCCUCGGACUCUCCGGACCAGGACGAAGAGGGCCUGCAGGGGAACCACCUGGGCCGAAUGGAGGAUGAAUACCCCAUUGAGUUCCAGAGAGGAUGGUGCAUGGAAGUGACGCUGGUCAAGUCAGGCGGUCCUCUCGGCCUGAGCAUCGUGGGGGGCAGCGACCACGCCAGCCACCCCUUCGGCAUCAACGAACCCGGGGUGUUCAUCUCAAAGGUGAUCCCUCACGGUUUGGCGUGUGAAAGCGGCUUGCGUGUGGGUGACCGGAUCCUGGAGGUGAACGCCAUCGACCUGCGCCACGCUACGCACCAGGAGGCCGUGCGGGCGCUGUUGGUCAACAAACAGGAGAUCCGGAUGCUGGUGCGCAGAGAUCCCUCGCCGCCCGGGAUGCAGGAAAUUGUGAUCAACAAGCAGCCAGGGGAGAAACUGGGAAUCAGUAUACGUGGAGGAGCUAAAGGCCACGUAGGAAAUCCUUUUGACUCGACUGAUGAGGGCAUCUUCAUAUCCAAGGUGAGCUCAAGUGGCGCGGCCGCCCGGGACAGCCGGCUGCAGGUGGGCAUGCGCAUCCUGGAGGUGAACAACCACAGCUUGCUUGGCAUGACGCACACAGAGGCCGUGCGAGUGUUGCGGGCCGUGGGCGACUCCCUGGUCAUGCUGGUGUGCGACGGCUUCGACCCGCGCAAAGUGCCCACUGCGGAGGCGAGUCCCAACAAGGAGCCUUAUGCGUCUCCUGGCAUCAUCGCCAACCCUUUUGCGACAGGCAUCGUUCGUAAAAACAGUAUGGAGAGUAUCUCUUCUAUAGAUAGAGACCUGAGCCCAGAGGAGAUGGACAUCAUGCAAAAGGAGUCUGAGAUGGUGAGGGAGACGUCCCAGUGGGAGAAGGAAGAGAUGGAGAAAAUGGAGCGUAUGCGCUUGGAACGAGAGGAGGCAACUCGCCUGCUUGAAGAGGAGACCGAGAACAUCGGCAGUGGACCUUUAAAGCUGGACUACAAAACCUUGGCAGCGUUGCCCACCACCAGCCUGCAGAAGAUCAAUAGGUUCUCUCCUUCUCUAAGUCCGACCGCCCCCAUGGAGGCCCCCCUGCAGGCCCAGUACAACGCCCCAUUAGAGCCUCUGGGCUUCAGUUUAAGCCACCCCCCGAACCCCCACGCGGACCCAGCAUCCUCCCCGAGUCUGUUCUCCUCCAAAGAAGACAGCGUCGGCUCGACGGCGACUCUGAAUUUGGCAGCGCAAGAUGAGGAGUCUUUGGUGGAUUCGCAACCCAUCUGCUUCAAGGAGAACCCCUUUUUAGUAGCCAACCGCAAAGGCAAGGGUCUGCCGCCCGGCCAGCAGAUCCUAUCGGGACCACCGGUGGGCUACGGGAAACAGGGCCAACUUCAGCCUUGGUUGUUCAGCAAGACCCCAUCAUCUGAUUACACCAGGACCGAGAGUCCAAUCAGAGAAGCCCCCUACUCUCCGACCAUCCAGCCGCCCAGCCACCAGUCUUCCGAUAGCUCCCUGUGUUCCGGCAGGGAGACCCGCUUCGCAAGCAUUCAUUUCACCUCCACCCCCAACACCAGGGACCACACUUCAUCCUCUACCCGACCGGGCGCCAUCCUCCCCGUCGGGCGCAUGCGACCGAGCACCUCCCCGGCCACUCCGGACGGCCUCAGCCCUAGCCCCUUCCAGCAUGGCCCCUCUCCCUUCAACUCUCAGACCUCUCCUCGCGCCCCCUCCCCCACCUCGCCCUACGAGUUCCCCACGAAUGCCAAGCAGGCGUACAAGGCGUUUGCCGCCGUGCCUCGCUCGCUGGCGGCGCUGGAGCCGGAGCAGGACUUGGUGUAUGGUGUGAGGAACAAUUCCCAGGCCAAGCAGCCUUCUCCAGAGCCCGAGUUGAACAACGAGGUGUUUGACGACGGCGCGGACGGUCAGGAGGGGGCCGGCGGGGCUGCGGCCGUCGAGGUCGCGGCUCGCUCCGCCCUCUCGCCUGACCGUUUGGAGUACAUGAAUCUGGCGGCCGUGCCUCGCCUCUCCAGGCCGUCCCUGGACACGCAGAGUCCGUCGCCCGGUGGCAAGGACAGCCCGGAGCAGCGCUCCUUCCGGGAUCGGCAGAAAUACUUUGAGAUCGACGUGAAGCAGCAGACGCCCGACAAGCCCAAGCCUCGCGUCUCGCUGGUCGGCGAGGACGACCUCAAGAAGAUGAGGGAGGAGGAAGAGCGUAAAUUUGAGCAGAGAGCGCGGGAGUACCUGCUGGACGAAGAGGAUGAGGAUGACGAGGAGGACCUGGCCAAGCACGUGGCGCAGAUGAAGGUGACUGGCAAGGUGCUGCUGGACGGAGUGGAGUACGACGUGGAGCCCGUGUCCGUGCCGUCGCAGCCGUGCGCCACGCCGCCCGGCUACUGCGGGAGUUCAGGGCCCUCGUCAGUGGACGGUAAAGGAGACACACCGAGGAAUUCGUUGGACGACAGCUUCAGACUGGAGCAGCGGCCCAACUCCAUGACUGGUCUGAUCCCCGUGUACGCCGGUGACUCCGCGGCUCCCAUUCGCACGGCCAAAGCCGAGCGGCGACACCAGGAGAGGCUCCGCAUGCAGAGUCCGGAGCUGGCCGUGGCCCUGGACAAGGACCUCUCCCCCGCCGAGAAGCGAGCCCUGGAGGCCGAGAAGAGAGCCAUGUGGAGAGCGGCACGGCCUUUAGGCUUGGAGGACGAUGUUAGGCAGUAUGAGCAGGACCUGGCUAAGAGGCUCUACCAGGCUCGGGUGAGAGCCUCUCACGGCACGGCGGGCCCUGCCUCCAAUCCUUCCUCCUCUGCCGCCUCCCAGCUCAGGAUGAAGUCUCUGGAACAGGACGCGCUCAAAGCCCAGAUGGUCAUCGCCAAGUCUCGGGACGGGAAAAAGCGCGGUACCCUGGACCAGCUGGCGGAGUCGCCCUCGCCCGCGCCCACACCCUCGCCCACCCCGAUGGAAGAGCUCAUCAGUCCUCGAGGACUAACCUCCCCGGGCAGACUGUCCCUGUCAUCAAAGAGGUUUGACUACCGCCAGUUUGCCGCCAUUCCCUCUUCCAAACCGGUAUACGACAUCCAGUCUCCUGACGCGGUGGACGACGUGCAGUUCAUCGACGACGGCUCGCAGCAUCCGGGUCCCGCCACCGGCCCGGAGGCCGAGGACCCCGUGCCCGCUACCUCGGCCCUCGAGGAGAUGGCGCUGUACAGCAACAAGCGCAAGCUGCGACAAGGGCGCCGCAGUUUGGAGACCGCCGUGCCCACGUAACACCUCACAUAAACACUACACAAGAAGAAGAGUCCAUUUUAAAGAGACCAGGAAAGCGCUCCUUCAUAUCCAGCCUUGCCUUCAGUCGCCAUCGAGACCGCGCUUCCUCCCGCCCGGCUAACAUUUUUACGUUGAUGUCUUUAGCUUUUUUUUUUUUUAAAUUCUUUUUUUUAAUUGUUUUUUUUUUUUUUUUUUUUUUUUGCUUUUGCUUUUUUUUUUGUUUUUGUUUUUUGCUUUUUUUUUUUUUUUUUUUUUUAACCUCCCAAAGACAAAAAUAGAAGUCCUAGCUAUAACGUGGGAAAAAUAUUUGACUAGAUUGUAAAAUGUUGUUUUUGGAAUGUAAAUAAUAGUGAGACGACAUCCUGCUACCUUCACACACAAACGCACAAUGCCGAGAGCUUUAUAGAAAUAAAAACAUAUCAUGCAUCAUUGUUGCACUGCCACGCAGAUUUUUUAAACAAUUUAUUGUUUUUAAUCAUUUUACAUCCAAAUUAGUUUUUUUCUUUUGGCAAUAUGAUGUGUGCAUAUCCACACUACUCACUAAAAGUCAGGGAUAUUGGACUUUUGGGUGAAAUCUCAAGAUGAACCUAAUGAACUAUAACUGUGGUUUACCAAAUACCAUCUAAAAAAAAUACUUAGCUCUCCAAGUGCCACCAUGAUGUAUUUUUUUUUAUUUAAAAAAAUAAUAAUAAUUUUAAUAGAUGAAAUCUGCAGGUGCCGAACCACAAAUAUGAGGGGGUCCACUGGACAUCACUGCUGUCGCGCGGAAUCCUCGCAUCACCAAAACCAUAAUUUUUCAGGAAAUAGAAAAAACUGCAUUUUUUUGUUGUUGUUAUUGACAUUGUAUUGUUAAAGAGAGCAGGCUAUUUUCAACACUUUAUAGAUUGGUUGAUAAUUUGUAAACAAACCCACAGACCAAUAGAAUGGAUUUGUGAAAAACUAUGAAAUUGAGUGAAUUUGGAGAGCGACAAUAUUUAAUAUUGUAAUCCACUGUCACAGUAUGGAGUUUGAAGAUUAACAUUCCGCUUAAAUAUACUGGAAGAAAUACUUCGAUAUAAUGAUUAAAUUUAAAUGUAUUGCACAGAAAAAGUUAAAUACAAUUUUACCUAAAAAAAAAAAAAAAAAAAGUUUUAAAACUAAGAUCAAAUGCAAAUUAUUUGUUGUUAAAAGUUAAAUACAACUGAAUUGUACUUAGGCAGUGAUUCUGUCACAUACCACUAGAGGGAACCAUACUUUUGAGAAUCCCCGCACCGAAUUUAAUUAGUUUUUCGUUAAACUUUUGAAUGUCCAACUGAAAGCCAUAGAAAUGGACCUCCUUAGAAACUUUGAUGGCUCAAACACCAGUUGUGAAUUUUAGCACCCUAAAGCCCAAUAUCCCGAACUUUUUGUGGUCAUAUGGGAGACACGAGAAGUAAGAUGUACUUUACACACGAAUGGUACUUGCCCUCCUUUGAGAGAAAUUCUUUUUAAUGUUCUAAUCAUCAUUGAAGUGGUGUUCCGGCGUGAUGUGAAGGUAGCGGAUGCUUUAUUUUUCUGCCCGAUGGGGCUAAUUUAAUAAUCUGACGACACUGAGAGAUCAUUUUUCUUAUCAUGGUGUGAAUAAUGUACAAAUAUGAACGUGAGCGAGCUAGUGAAAACUGAGCCAAUGUGUUGACCAAGUGAGCGUCUGGGUUUGGACAGCACGUGUCACUUUUUUUUUUUUUUUCCCCUCCAUUUUAAUACGAGCGGUUCAAUUAUCAAAUUGAAAACUUCUCCGAAUAUCAUAUCAGCUUCUGUAUCUGACAUUUUGAAUAAUCACACUAUAGCUAAAUUUAACAUUUUAGGUGUUCUAAUUCUAGUGGUUCAAGUCACGUUCAAGUUUGCUCAUAGCUCUUAUUGCUGUUUACCAUAGUUUUUUUAGUUGUUUUUUUUUCAGGUGGGUAAAAAGUUUUUUUGUUUUUUGCAUAUUUUCUAACGUAUUUCAGUUUACUGGCUAACAAACGUGUUAGUUCGUCCCGUUUGAACUUCCGUAGUCGGAGUGAAACUACUAUAGAAAAUGAAUUUAAUUCAAAUGUCACAUGUUGUAGAGUUCAUAACAUUUAUGUAUUGUACAUCCAUUUCAUUUGUUUACCUGGGAGAAAGAAGACUGGUCUCUUGUCUGUCCAGACCCAGCUGACAGGUUCCAUUGCACGGCGCUGAAAGAUGUAACAAGAAUCUAAAGUGCUCUCUGUGAUUCCUCUCUGUAAAGACACACAAAUCAUUGGUUUAAUUUUUAUAAAUAAACGUUGGAAAGUCAUGAA